AUGGCAGAGGUAGAGGCAGGUAAAGGGUCUCCAGCUGCUGUUCCUCAGAAUGUCUGUGAUGGGUCUCUUACUGACGUUUUGUGUGUCAGGGAUGCCAGCACAGCCAAAGACAAACCUACAGCGACCAAAACCAGUUCGGUCAGUCAACCGAAAGCAAACACUGGUGACAAACCCUACAUGUGUGGGGAGUAUGGGUACAGCACAACUCAAAGGUCCAACUUGUCCCGACACAAGAGAACCUACACAAGGCAAAACCCCUACAAGUGUGACUAA